AUGAGUUCACUUCCGGAGGGCGUCACCGUCCGAGAGUACCUCGAGGCUCGCUUCCCCGCUCUCGCCGAGGCCACGGCCACGGAGAGCAUCUUUUCUUCGUCCGGGAGCCCAGAGCCGCAGCUCCCGGCCUACAACGACGACAGGCCGCCUCCAAAGUACCGGCCGAUGGAGGAGCUGGCCGUGGAGGACGAGGAGGACGAGGAGGAGCGGGAGCGCGCGACGCUGGCGCAGCAGAAGCGGGUGCUGGUCCUCCGGCUCCUGGCAGUUUUCUUCUGCAUCCUGGUGGUUUCGCUGUCUGUUGCCGCGGGGGUGGUGCACUCUCACCAUGUGAAGGAGAAGGAGAUGCAGCAGCAGCAGCAGCUGGGGGGUAAUGAGACCAGCUCGGAGCUCAGGGGCCCGGGAGUUGAUGAAGGCUUGGUCGUCUCCUUGACGGUGGCGGUGUUUGCGGUUGCGCCGACAGAGACGGCAACAACAACAACAGCAGUUCCAUUCACCGCAUAG